AUGCGUGGCUUUAAAGGCUUUAGACAGUCACGGCGGUAUAUAUAUUUAGACGAUGACACUGGAUUUAGCGAUGCGCAAUUUGAAAGAAGGCCUACACCAAUUCCAUGGAAAUCGAUAGGUCUAGCGUUAGUUCUAUUCAUUUUAGGUUCGUUGGGUAUAAUUUUUGGGUCAUUGAUCCAUGUAGGAAUGAUCGGAAAUGAAUCCUGGUUAGACCGAGGAACGCCUGUCCUAUUUCUUGGAGUAUUAUUAUUUAUUCCAGGCGCAUAUCACGUUCGGUUAGCUUAUUACGCGUAUAAAGAAUACGAAGGUUAUGAUUUUAAUCAAAUUCCGGAAUGGGAUUAA